ACACACACAAACUAAGAAGAGAAGGGAGACAUAUUCUUGUUUCUUCUUUCUUAACAAAAUAUUUAUCCUUGAUGGUUUCUCCCAUUGGUGGUGAAGAGAUGAUUUUUACAUUGCAAGAUUCCCAAAGGGCAAUGCCUGCACCUUUCUUGACAAAAACAUAUAACCUAGUGGAUGAUCCAAGUAGUGAUCACAUUGUUUCAUGGGGUGAAUAUCAAACCACUUUUAUUGUGUGGAGACCUCCUGAGUUUGCUAUGGAUCUUCUUCCCAACUACUUUAAACACAACAAUUUCUCCAGCUUUGUUAGGCAGCUCAAUACUUAUGGAUUUAGAAAGAUAGUUCCAGAUAGAUGGGAGUUUGCAAAUGAACAUUUUAAGAAAGGGCAGAAACAUUUACUUUGUGAGAUUCAAAGAAGAAAGAGUACAACUCAACAAUUACACCAUUUGACACCCUACAAUGAAUACAUCACAAGAAGCAUCUAUCACCAAGAAACACAAAGCCCUAGCAGUGUUGAUCAUGAUAUCCUUUUGACACUCACACAAGACAACCAAAGGCUAAGGAAAAGGAACAUUUUACUAUUAUCUGAACUAGCUUACAUGAAGAAUCUCUACAAUGACCUUAUCUAUUUCAUUCAGAAUCAUGUCAAACCAGUUGAGCAAGAAUCCCCUUUGCUUUUAUGUAAUGAAGGUCUGAAUCAGAAAAUCAUUGAUCAUCAUCAUCAUGAACAAGUAAAUAUUGAAGAUCAUGAAGGGCCAAAGAGUGAUUGUGUAAAGUUGUUUGGAGUGAGUUUAUGUGGGAAAAAGAGAUUGAACCAUGAAAUUAGGAUUGAUCAAGAAGUAUUAGAAUGUUGAUUAGUGAACAUUUCUCUAUGGAUCACUAAUAGUAUAGAUAGAACUUAUUAGCUUUAGAUCAACUUAGUUCUUUAGUGUGCCCGUUUGUAUAUUCAUCACACCCUAGCCU